CCUGUGACAGAGGUAGGUCAGGCUGCGCGGAGAGUCAGAGGGUUUAUUUAAGUCGUCUCUCCGUCCUCCCCCACUUUCCCAACGCGCCGUCAAGAGGGUUGACUUCCUUCUGCGGUGGGAACCGCGUCGCGGGAGAUCGGAAGGACUAAUUUUCAAAACAAUUUCCACAUUCAAAACAAGAAAUUUAUUUCGUGUAGGUUUCUGUUUGGACAUGCUCAUUCAGUAAUAUUUUGUGAAGGUUUGGCGCAUUUUUUUUUCUGAGCGUUUUUUUUUUCCUAUCUAAAACCGCGCGAAUAAAUAAAUGCGCAGUUUCUUGUGACUGAAUUGGAAAAGUAGCUCGAGACAACUGGAGUACAAAGAAUGGAGCGAAUCCCGAGCGCGCAGCCACCUCCUCUGUCCAAACACCAGGCGGACCUGCCAGACGUGCAGGGAAUGGAUUUCCCAAUGUAUGUUUAUAAACCGAGGCGAGGAAUGAAGAGAGGAGAAGAGAGCAAGGAGACCUACAAGCUGCCUCACAGGCUUAUCGAGAAGAAAAGACGCGAUCGGAUAAACGAGUGCAUUGCGCAGCUGAAAGAUUUAUUACCCGAACACCUGAAACUCACGACUCUGGGCCAUCUGGAGAAGGCCGUGGUUCUCGAGCUCACGCUCAAGCAUGUGAAAGCCCUCACUUCUCUUCUGGAGCAACAGCAGCAGAAGAUCCUCGCUCUGCAGAACGGCAUGCAAAUAGAGCAGCCACCUGUCAGCCAGGAGAAGUCAGAGGAGUUGUUUCGCUCUGGCUUCCACAUGUGUGCCAAGGAGAUUCUUCAGUAUCUGGCCAACCAUGAGACCGAUGGAGACUUCACUCCGUCCCAUGUCGUCAGUCACCUUCACAAAGUAGCCGCAGAGGUGCUGCCAAACCCGAUACGGCCCCGUACCCCGCUCAGCCCGCGCCCCGAGGAGAUCCCCGCCUACCACCAGCACCAGCCUCAUCAGGAGAUGCCUCCCAGUCUGCCCCCGAAGCCCAGCGAGGGCUACGGGAGGAACUGUGUUCCUGUCAUCCAGCGGGCGUACGCUCCGCCGAGCAGCGAGCAGAGCGGCAGCGACACCGACACAGACAGUGGCUACGGCGGGGAGCUGGAGAAGCACGAGUCCAGGGCGCCGCAAGGACGUCCCGACUAUUACGAGCAGGAGAGCCAGAUGAAGCGGACCCUGUCCGACAGGGAGAGCUCCGGCAUCAAGCAGGAAGACGACGAGCUGCGCCACAAGCGGCCCCGGGUGGAGUCGUCGGAGGACGAGCUGUUUUCGGGCGGAGAGUCGUCGACUUCGUCGUCCUCCAGCGGCUACGGCAGUUAUAUGAGCGUGUCCCCGAACCAUCCACCUCCUCCCCCUCCUCCUCCACACCCGCUCUGCAUGCCUUUCUACCUCAUUCCGCCGUCUGCUGCAGCCUACCUGCCCAUGCUGGAGAAGUGCUGGUACCCGGGGGCCGUGCCUAUGCUCUACCCUGGGAUGGGAGGCUCGACGCCCGCCAUGCCCGGCGAACGACCACCUCCACCUCCGCUGGUGUUGUCUCCCAGAGGAGGCUCUCCGGCUCCGGGAAUUUCCCAGUCCCCCAUGGACUCUCCCGCCCUCCUACAGGCGCUAAAGCAGGUACCACCCCUCAACCUGGAAACCAAAGACUGAGAGACGGGAGAAGAGGAGAGGGAUUGUCCUGUCCUACUACCCAGAUGCAGAAUCCAUUGUAGUAUAGAAGACAUGACUGAGCUGUUCCAUAAUCAUCCAUCCACUCUUUUCCUCAGCCUGAAGGUCAAACAACAAAAGAGAGGACUCAGAAAUGAUUACGGAAAUAGAGGCGGGGGCACAUUUAUCCAUUUUGAAGGGGAAUGCAAAGCUCUGGUUGAAUGUUCAGCGCUCAGUGGUAUUUCUCAGUACAAAUGUAUCAUAAAACCUGGACCUGCUUUGCACAUACACACACACACAUACCUGGUUGAAUGUAAAGAAAGAAAUGUUCUAGAUGCUGCUGUUGAAGUGUAAAUGCUGAUGACACUGACGCAUCUCACUUGUAGCUGUUGUGAUAACGGAAAGCCAUCUUGUAACUUUAGAAAAACUCUUUGCACCAAAUGUUAGCAGUAAUGUCACCCAAAGUUUGUUGCCUGUGUCCUUUGCUCACCAUUGAGAUUACUGAAAACGCCCUUUUUACCAGACACUAGGAAGACCGGCACCAUACGAUGCAAGGAUUUCCGCAACUGUGUACAGAUAAGGGCCUGAGGCGGGCCACCACUGAAUGAGAAGUCUUUUUUUUUCCCUUCUUUUUCUUCAAUGACAGACAGUUGAGAUGGAUUUUCUGUAAUUAUUGUCGAUAGACUUCUUGUACAUUUCUAUUUUUGAUACCUGUUCUUGCACUCUGUCCGCCCAGAGACAGGAGAGGGCCAGAGUGUGGCUAAUGUACUUUGUGUACUCAGAAACUGUGUACAUACUGUAGCACUGUGCGGGACCUGAUCUGCAUACUCAACAUCUGUUUCUGCUCAAGUCAAACCCGGUGUUUGUGCUUGCUGUUGCCUUUUACUUGUGAAAAGCUGAUAAAUCUCAGAUGUUUUUUUUUUCUUUUCUCUGUGCUAUGUAUGAAUACUGGAGUCAAAGGAGUAAGAGGGGAGAAGUGAAUGUAAAAGUUUUACCAGAAGACUAGUUUUCUAUAGAAAGAGGUACUUGAGAUUUUAUAUUUUGGGACCUACAUGAAAGAUGUUUGAUGUACAUAUUUUGUCUAUAAAUGUUGAUAUACAUUAAAUAAGUGUAUUAAUAAAGUAUUUUUCCCGUGGAAACUUGGUCUGGCUGG